UAACUCCAGACCGGUCGUCAUCGUCUGUUUUCCACUCCCGAGACUGCGGAUUUUAUCCUUGAUCUUUUUCCAGUGGAUACGGAGAGUGCGCACCAGCCGCGCCGCCGCCGCCGCCCGACGUCCAACUAACUCUGCGGACAUCCAGUAUAUUCCUCCACCUCCUCCUCCUCCUCCUCGUCCUCCUCCUCAGAGACACAAACCCGCCGUGUGUCUGCGCCUCCGUCCGGCUCUCAUCUCCCCGCAACCGGCUCCACUUGUCCGAGAGCAACAGCCUCCGCGGCGCGUCAGUGAGGUAGAAAAGCCCUACAUCGAGCUGCAGCCAUGGAUGAGAUGGACCUGCCCCAGAUGAAGAAGGAGGUGGAGAGCCUCAAGUACCAGCUGGCUUUCAAAAGAGAGAAGUCGUCCAAAACAGUGACCGACCUGGUAAAGUGGAUAGAGGACGGCGUCCCAGAGGACCCCUUCCUGAACCCGGAGCUGAUGAAGAACAACCCGUGGGUGGAGAAGGGGAAAUGCAUCCUCCUCUAGAAGAAGACACCACCCACCUCGCUACGACUGUCCCCACCCCCACCCCCCACCCGGACAGCGCCUCCUAUCCUCUCACCCUGAAUGUACAACAGCUGAUAAUCCGAACACAAGGGCACAGACACACACACACACACACACACUGAAUGAAGACACACACCAAUCAACUGCCACACCUUCACUGCAAGUUUUAAUCCUGCCACGGCAAUGCAUCGCUCCUAUACUCCAUGUCUUUAUAUGAAUAUAUGACUAUUUAUUUAUGCAGCUGACAGUCACGAUCUUUCUUAUUCUCUCUCUCUCUGUAUUCUUUCUCCUUCCCUUUCUGAAGCGUUGGUGUGGUGUUAAUGAACCGAGGAGUCACAUCUCGCUGUAGAUCUGCCGCGGGGGGAGAUUUAGUCCCGUGUCGAGGCAUUAAAGCGAAUGAUCACCCUCGUAAAACAUGAUAUUAGCAGGUGACAGCCAAUGUUUUAGGAGAGCUCCAUCAAACUCUCCAUAUAAAGCUGUAUCGGCUCGUAAGUAAAUAUAAAUCACUUUGAGUUUGUACGCUGGCGUCCGCACAACAACAUCUGUGUUUUAUGGCUGCUU